AAGAUGAUAGUGAAUCAGUAAAGGUUGGGAUUGUGUUCAGUGAAGACGUGCAGCUGUGUUAAGUAUAAGGCAGCCAGACCACAAUGGGAGCGAAGGUGGGUGAUGGUGGUGGCGGUUGAUGGCGGUGGUGAUGGUGGUGGUGGCGGCCAGUGACAAGGUAAAGCGGCAGGUGUAUUACUCUGAUGCCGCGCCCCCCAGCCGCCCACGCCCCCGCCCACAGUACCAGGAGCCUCACAGUUCGUCCUCUUACGAGUCUGAGGAGAACAGCAUCCCGGGAGAGCCAGGCGUGGAUUAUCCUAUAUAUCACACGGUUCCUUAUACGAAGUUUACCUGCGAGGACGUUCCCUUCAGGCCAGGUAUCUACGCCAAUCCCGAGGCUGGAUGUCAGGUGUACCACGUGUGUGACGACAACAGGUACGGCCCACAAGGUGCUCAAUUCCUCUGCACUAACGGCACCGUGUUCAACCAGGAAGUGUUCACCUGCGACUGGUGGUACAAUGUAGACUGUUCCAAGGCCACCUCCUUCUACAGCCUGAACGCGGAUCCUGACCACAACCCUUACUAUCAGAAGCCUUACGAGGGGCCCCUGAACACCCCCCGCCCCCUACGGCAGCUCAGAGGAGGCCUACCAGCGCCCCGCCCCCCCGCCUGCCUCCUACCGCCCAGCCCCGCCACGCAAUUACUACCAAUAAAAUGUUAAGAUGUUUCCUCUCUCUCUCUCUCUCUCUCUCCUCUCUCUCUCUCUCUCUUGCCCUGUUCAUGAAAGGUAAAUCUAUCUAUCUAUCUAUCUAUCUAUUUAUCUAUCUAUUUAUCUCCCUCCCCAUCUCCUUCCUCUCACGCUGGGUACUUCAAGGGGGUAGUGAACAUUUUUGGUUUGUGUGUGUGUGUUUGUGUGUUUGGUUUUUGUGUGAAUAAAUUAUGAUGUGGGUUU